AUGACCAAGACGGCGAGCGCAAAGCGCAAGCGCGCCGAGAGAGAGGCCCUCAAGGCCGCCGAUUCCAACAAGCGCUCAAAGAACUCCCACAACGCCACCUCGGCCGAUGGCAGCAACACCUCCGACCCCAACGAUGCUUCCGACGGCGGCAAUGCCGCCACGAAGAACGGCCCCAGGCUGCCCAAGAUGCUCCUAGAGAAGAAGCUCUUCGUCGAGAACUCCACCGGCAAGGACCGCGUGCGCGAGGCGAAGCUGUACGACCUCCUCAGUAGCGAGAACGAGUCCGACCGCCUCGAGGCCGCCGCUGCCAUCAUCUCCAGCCUCCUCGACGGCGAGGGCGUGCCAGAGGCCGUGCUGCAGCGCCAUCUCGACUGGCGCCUGUUCCGCGGCCUCGCGAGCGGGAGAGCCGCCUCGAGGCUGGGAUACAGUGUCGUCCUGACCGAGAUUCUUAGCCAGCUCCUCGGCCCCCCGAAGAACCUGAGCCGUGACAAGUACCCCGGCUUGACCUUCGAAAACGUUCUGGGGAUGCUCAUGGAGAGGACGCACGUCGGCGGCAACAUGCCCGGUCAAGAGGAGCGGGAUCUGUGGUUUGGCCAGCUGUUCGGCCUCGAGUGUUUCGUGCGCGCGAGGAUCCUUUUCAUCCCAGAAGAGGGCCCCGAGAGGUGGAACGAGGUGCUGAGGCUGCUUGUGAAGCUGGGGAACAAGAAGGUCUGGCUGCGGCCGCAGUGCGGGUGGGUCGUCGCCCAGGCGCUGGCCCAGCUCGACCGGAACCGCGUUGAGAUGGUCCUGCAGCAGCUCGUCGAAUUGGGCUGGGCCAAGACCCCCGAGGGCGUCGGCAUCUGGCUCGUCGCCUUCGAGCAGUGUCCCGAUCUGAGCAGCGGCGACCACGCGAAGCAUCAUCAUCCCUUGGCGUCUAGGAAUCUGGGCGAGCUGGCGGGUAUUCUGAAGGAAAGUGGCCAGGACGAUGUGGAGAAGCAGCAGCAGCAGCAGCAGCAGCAGCACCAAAGAAGAGGCGGCUUCAGCAAGAACAAACAGGCCAAUUGGACGCCGCAGCUCCACUUUGUCUGGGACCUCAUUGUGCGCCACUUCCUGCGUAGGGGGCCUGAGCAUGUUGACGAAUUCAGGGCGUUCUGGAAGCGCGUUGUUGAUGACAACUUCUUUGCAAAAACCGCCACCGAGGGACAGAAAUUUAGAGGAUUCCUGGUCUUCCAGAAGAUGCUCCAGAGCUAUGCCGACAUCGACGACCUCCUUGACGUUUUGUUCAGCAGAAACCUGAUGACCUGCCUCAUCAACCAAGCCGCGCAGGAGGACCGCUUCCUACACCGCGCCGCGCUCAAGACCUGCAAGGUUAUCGAGGAGACGUCCGCCGCGCACCCCGAGGCCACAGGUAUCAUUCUCGACAACCUGAUCAACAACAACGGCCUGUACCGCUUCGACGUCAUGACCAAGAGCAAGACGGUCGAUAAGAUUCUUCAGCAUGUGAAGGCUGAGACGGGCGAGGAUAUCAUCCAGGUUCUGAGCGGGCCUGUCAUGAAGACCUCAACCACAUCAAAGGACAUCAAUGUCGUCAAGCUCGACCUCCGCGUCUACAUCGAAUACAUCUUCCGUCUGGCCACCUCAGCACCGGAAACCGCGCUCCUGGAGCUGACGUCGCUCGCAUACGCCAAGCCCAUAUGGAUCCCGGAGAACGCAAACUCGCUAGUGACGGAACUUAGCAGAAGCCGUCUCCAGUCCGCAUUCGCCAAGCUCUCACGAAAGGCCGAAGAUUCGAACUACCUCUGCACCGCGGUUCUCUCCAUCAACCCCGAGUACAUCCGCAUGGAAGGCGAGAUGAAGAAAGAAGUCAACUCAGCGCGCAAGCGCUUGGAGAAGCUCCUGAAGAAAAGCGCCUCCGCGGGGGAGAAUGCCUCGGACGAGGUCAAGAUCGCACAAGGCUUGGCUCUCCUCCAUUCCAUCGCCAUUUUUCAGCUCUACAACGAGGAGCCGGACGCGUUCCAGCUCCUGAGCGACCUGAAGGAGUACCAGACUCGUCUGCAGACGGACGAGGAGGGUGCCGCUGAGUUCCUGGUCGAAAUUCUUCUAGCUCUCGUUUCCCAGCAGUCGUCGCUUUUGCGAGAGGUUUCGCAACGGGUGUUUGGAAACUUUACCGCUCGCGUCUCCCCCAAGGCCUUGGAGCUGCUGCUUGACGUUCUCGCGGCCGAUGAAAGCGCCAAGGGACAGCAGUCGCUGUUCGAUGACGUCAAUGCCGACGAUAUGGAUGUUGAAGACUUGGAAGAGGACGGCGAAGAUGAUUCGGACGACGAGCUCGGCUCCGAUAUUGAGGUGGACUCAGAUGUUGAAUUCGUCGCCCUCGAUGCCGGCGACGGCGAGGAUGAAGAGGACGAAGAUGAGAACGAGGAAUCCGGAUCCAAUGAUGACGACGAAGAGGCCGACCCCGAAGCGGGCAAGAACCUUGAGGCCCUCGACGACGCCCUCAGCAAGAUCCUCAACAGCCACCGCCUCGACAAAGACCAGGAGGCCGAGUCCUCGGACGACGACUCGGACAUGAGCGACUCAGACAUGCUGGAGCUUGACAACAAGUUAGCCGAGGUGUUCAAACAGCGCGCCAAGGCGGCGCCGAGCAAGAAAAAGGAGCGCAAGGCUGCCAAGGAGUCGGUCGUCAACUUCAAGCGACGCGUUUUGGACCUGCUCGAGAUCUACGUGCGAAACGAGGCGGCGAACCCGACGGCGCUCGCCAUCCUGCAGCCACUGCUGGAGCUCGUCCGCACGUCGACCAUCAAGACGCUCUCGGACCGGGCCUUCGAGCUGAUUAAGGACUAUCAGAAGAGGCUGCGCAAGGCGAGAUCAGGGGCCGUUGGCAGGGAGAGCAAGGCUGACGAGGCGUUGGCGCUCGCGGUGUUGCGGGCCGUGUAUGAGGAGCUCAAGGCCGGCGAGACCAAGGCGCACGCCAAGGCGGCCGUGCCGGCGUGCCUGAUCGCGGCGUCGAGCGUCUUCCAUGCCGGUAAGGGCGACCGGUCCGCCGUCGAUGCCGUCGUCGGGAACAUCGAGGCCGGCUCGGCCGUGCAGGAGGAGAUGAAGAAGGCCUGGGACGAGUGGUGCAGGAACCACGAGGCUCUGAAGAAGAAGGCCGCCGCGGGCGAUUCUUGA